CACACUGUCGCCUGGGCCGCGAGAUUAUUCCCAUCGCUUGCUCGAACAUCAAUCUCCUACGAAAGACGAUCCAGUUUAGCUUCACCAACCUCUCUCUCCGUCUCGCGCGCAAUUGCGAGCUAGCUUGAUGGCGUCGGAUGCCAUGGACACGGCCGAAGAUCUGCCACAAGAAGGAGACGGUCUCGUGGAUGUCGCCGUGGAUGGCCAGCUUUUCCGCCGAAGUACUCUCGCGUUGCUAGCGCUAUUUGGCGCCGCGCUGAACGCUGCCGACAUCACCCUAGACGUCACCGCCGCGGAUGCUCCAAACGACUUGGACCCGGCUGUGGUAGCAGUGGUGGCCGAGGCGCUGAAGACAGUGGACGCGCCGCUAUCCGACGAAGGCCUCAACUGUCCGAUCUGCUUGGAGGACGACGACACGGCGUCGUGGAAGGAGACUCCGUGCGGACAUCGGUUCCACGGACGGUGCGUGGAGAAGUGGCUGCAGGCCAAGGGGGGCUGCCCCAUGUGUCGGUGCCAGGUGGUGGCGAUGCCUAUCGUCGCCGCCACGGAUGCUCCAUACCGACACUUCGUUAUCAUUCAAGAAUAUGGCCAGGACGGUACGAACUUCGUUGUCAUGGACAUUGAUGAUGAUGACGAUGACGACGAUGAUCAUGAUGAUGAUGAUGAAGAUGAGGUAGAAGAAGAAUAUGAUGAUGAUGAAAUGGAAGACGAAGGCUGAAUAUCAUUGCCCCAACCUGGGAAGAUCCCUGCUGACAUGGAUUUGGGGUGCGCUUUUGUUCCCCGUGUAAUCUAUAUAGUGUGAUGUUUUUAUGUUUUCCUGUUAGCAGUUCAUGCCGCAGUGGCUUGCGAGCCGUAUCAUUUGAGCCUUUGUUUUCAUUCAAAUUUCCACCUGGAUGUUUUUUUCCUUGUUUUCUUUUCUUUCGAAUUUGCACCUGAAUGCUGAUCAUAGUUUUAAAUAGCCGG